GUGGCGGCGUCGUGGACGUGCUCGACUGCGAGGGCCCCGGCUUCGGCGGCGAGUGGCGCGCCUUCCGCCUGCGGGUGGCCGCCUCGCGGCGGGCCGGCUUCCCCAGGGACGCGGGGCUGCGGGCGGAGGCGGCGAGGCUCGCGGCGCGCUGGCAGCCGGAGGAG